AUGUUUCCGAAAUGCCUUUUACAUGCACGUAGUGCACCAGUCACGAGCGUUUUACAUCAAUCUUCCACGAAUAGAUGUGAUGUGCAUGAGAAUUUGCUUGGCAGUUUGCAUCCCAAAAAUCCGGAAACCCAAAAUCCCGAAAGCCCCAACAUCCCGAGAUUUCCAAAAUCCCCGACUCCUCACAUCCCGACAUUCGAAAUAACGCCCAUGCUCGCUCAUUAUAAUUGGUUAAUCAAAGAUAACAGUGAUGAUAAUGAAAAGGAAAGACUCGAUCUAUUUGAACAACUAUCCAAGAAAUUUAUUUCAGUCAUAGACCCAGACCAAUACAUAUUGCAAUGCAUCCCGUGCACAAAUCCACACACAAACUUUCCGAUCUUGAAUUAUUGUACACACUCAAACCGUCGUCAGCAGUACACCAAAAUACGCAUGCAUGCUCGUACUUUUAUACCAAUAUGGCGUUGGCACCAAGCAAGACAAUUACCAAAUUAUAACAAAAGUGCAGCCGACAACGACGGCUUGUUUGAGGAACCAACUCGGCUGGUGCUACCAACAGGGAAUUUACGUUAA